ACUGUUAGUCGCUCUCAGUUUCCGCAUGCAUCCAUACACACAAAUGUGCGGGUUUGAACAGUAGCAGCCUAGGAGUAAUAUCACUACGCAUUGGAUUAACCCCACGUCACUAUUUUGACCAACUUGUUGCGCAGCAGCUAUUUCUAACCUCCUCUCUCCUAGGAUUCAUUUUCUGCUAAGCGAGACAGAUGGAAGAAGCGGUUGCUUUCAAACUUCACGUUUUAUAAUGCGUAUCCUACAAGAAGAGGACGCUUUUGAAGGACUUUUUAAGUGAAGUCCUGCAGCCUUCAGUGAAUGUUUGGGUCUCUUUAAUAUGAUCUCAGAGACAGGGGAUGCGAGUCAUGAGCCGCGGACUAGACUGGAGCCCCAGCCUCUUCUACCUGACUUUACUCCUGUGGACCAGACGCAUGACUGGACUGGCUGACUUCUCAAAUUACCUGUCCAGGAUCAUCACCAGCCACUCUGCCCAGGCAUGUGACGGACAGCCUCUGCGACUGCACUGUCCUCGUCACUCCACCAUCUCCAUCCAGUCUGCGUUCUACGGAAGUGGGGAAGCCAAGUUGUGUAGACCAGACCCGGACCCUCUGCUCAGAGGCCACAACCACAGCUGUUCUGCUUUGACUACUCUACAGAAGAUCCUGUCUGAGUGUCAGAGCCACAGAGAUUGCCAGCUGCCUGUCAACCACCUGCUUUUCGGCAAGGACCCCUGUCCUGGCACUACCAAAUACCUCCAUGUGGACUACAAGUGUAAACCAACUGAACACAAAAAACACGUGAUGUGUGAGGGGGAGACCAUGACCCUGCGCUGUAGGCCCCCAAAGGUUCUGAUCAUCUAUGCAGCUGUCUAUGGGAGAAGUCUGGGCCAGACUUACACCUGCCCUUCACACCUGACAAGACCACCCCAAUUUGAGUGUCUGAACCACGAGGCUGUGCACUUGGUGUCAAAGUCCUGCUACAGCAAACACAAGUGUUCUGUUGUUGUCGGCAACCAGACCUUUAGGGACCCCUGCUUUCCCGGAACCAGGAAGUACCUCAGUGUGGUCUAUUCCUGUGUAGUACCACAGACUUUAUUAAGAGAGGCAGACUCUUACGUAUUCAGCUCUACCUCAUCUCCUACUGUGGAAACAGAACAAGCUCCUCCCGCAGAUCUGAAGAAGCCUUUUCCAAAAGAGUCAAGAAGGCCAGACAACUCAGGAGAUAUUAUGAGCAACUCUCUCCUGACCUACACUUAUAUUAAAGAGCAUCCAGAAAUGGCAGCGCUGCUCUUCACCUCCAGUGUGUGUGUCGGUCUUAUUCUCACUCUGCUGGCUGUAUCAGUCCGAGUGACAUGCAGAGUGAGCCACCCCAGAGAUCACAGAAUAAAACCCAAGUCUGCUAGCCAGGUUGUCAAUAGCAAGGAGCACGACGAUGAUGAGGAUGAAGAAGAAGAUGAUGACGAAGAGGGAACAGAAAGCUCUUUAAUCUCAGCUGCAGACAGAAAGGCGAUAUACGACUGGGAGGAAGUGACUUAUGUGAGCGAGGCAGCCGAGCGAGCGGAGAGGAUCGAGCGCAGGGAGAUGAUCAUACAGGAGAUAAGGAUGAACGCCUAUCUGAACGGCAGCUCAUGUUAACCUAACAGUGAAACCAAUGGAUGCUGUUCAGCACCUUCAGGAUUCAGCAGCUCCCAGCCUUUCAUUAUGAACAAAACAAGACAUUUUCCUUCGUCAUUAUAUAGCAGUUUGUUUUAUUUUUGCAGGAGCACUCAUUUGUGGAAAAUGUAAUGUUUGGGUGAAAUGCGAUACAAGCCAUUUAAAAAAGAUCAACAGGAAAUAAUGCUGUAAAAUGGGUGGUCGCAUAUAAUAUGUAGUUGUUUAAAAACAUUUGAUCAAUUCAGAGACACUGCUGAAGCAACAAAAGAAUGUGUCAGGGAGUGGGAUUGUUCAUUCGAACCUCUAGUGUAUACACUUUAAGGACACAGUUGUACUCACCUCAUAACUUACUUCAAUUUUGAAGGAAGCCUUUUCAUCACAGACAAAUCAAUUAAAAAUCAAUAAUUGUCAAA